AUGGUUAACGUUGUUCUAGGUUCCCAAUGGGGUGAUGAAGGUAAGGGUAAGUUAGUCGAUCUUUUGGUCGGUAAAUACGAUAUCGUGGCUCGUUGUGCUGGUGGUAACAAUGCCGGUCAUACCAUCGUCGUUAAAGGUGUGAAAUAUGAUUUCCAUAUGUUACCUUCAGGUUUAGUUAAUCCAAAUUGUCAAAAUUUGUUAGGUAAUGGUGUCGUAAUUCACUUACCUUCUUUCUUUAAAGAAUUAGAAACUUUGGAAGCUAAAGGUUUACAAAAUUGUCGUGAAAGAUUGUUUGUAUCUUCCAGAGCUCAUUUAGUCUUCGAUUUCCAUCAAAUCACUGAUAAAUUAAGAGAAAAUGAAUUAGCAGGUAGAUCUAAGGAUGGUAAGAAUAUCGGUACCACAGGUAAAGGUAUCGGUCCAACCUACGCUACUAAGGCCUCCAGAUCUGGUCUAAGAGUUCAUCAUUUGGUUAAUGACUUACCAGGUGCUUGGGAACAAUUCGAAACAAAAUUCAGAAGAUUAGUGGAGACUAGACAUUUGAGAUACGGUGAUUUCGAUUUCGAUGUCGAAGCUCAAUUGGCUCAAUACAAAGUAUUGAAGGAACAAUUGAAACCUUUUGUCGUGGACUCUGUAUUGUUCAUGCAUAACGCUAUGCAACAAAACAAAAAGAUCCUUGUCGAAGGUGCUAACGCUCUAAUGUUAGACAUCGACUUUGGUACUUAUCCAUUCGUUACAUCCUCUGCCACUGGUAUUGGUGGUGUCAUCACUGGUUUAGGUAUUCCACCACGUUCCAUCGAGGAAAUUUACGGUGUCGUAAAGGCUUACACCACUAGAGUCGGUGAAGGUCCAUUCCCAACUGAACAAUUGAACCCUGACGGUGAGAAGUUGCAAACCAUUGGUGCCGAAUUUGGUGUCACUACAGGCCGUAAGCGUCGUUGUGGUUGGUUAGAUCUAGUGGUGUUGAAAUACUCCACUAUGAUUAAUGGUUACACAAGUCUAAACAUCACCAAAUUGGAUGUUUUGGAUACCUUCAAGGAUAUCCCUGUGGGUGUCUCUUACUCUAUCAAGGGUGAAAAAUUAGAAUCCUUCCCAGAAGAUCUAAUUAAGCUUGGUAGUGUCGAUGUCGAAUACGUCACUUUACCAGGUUGGAACGAAGACAUCACCUCCAUCAAGACUUACGACGCUUUACCGGAGAAUGCCAAGAAAUACUUGAAAUUCAUCGAAGAGUUUGUUGGUGUUCCUGUUGAAUGGGUUGGUACUGGUCCAGGUAGAGAAAGUAUGCUACACAAGGAGAUCUAA